AUGACGGCGGCCCAACAAACCAUGCUGACGAAUUUGAUCCCCGAAAUGGACUGGAAUGCAGAUGACCCUGUCAAAACGUUUAGAAAAUUCAAACAAAGGAUCGAACUGGCAUUCAAGACCUUCCUGAAAGACGCCACCGACGAAGAAAAGGUGAGCUACAUACUCUUGCUAGUAGGGGACGAAGGGCUUGAAAUCAGAAAUAGCUGGGAACUGUCUCCAGAACAGGAAAAAGAUCCAAAGAAAAUCCUAGAGAAGUUCGAGAAACACUUAGAACCUAAGACAAAUCACAGGAUUUUCAGGUAUGAGUUCCAAAGCAUGAGGCAAGGGCCCGAAGAAUCCAUCAGUGAUUAUAUGGCAAGGCUAAAAAACGUGGCAGACAAAUGCAACUUCAAAGACAAGACAGAGAAAGACGGGAGACUGCUAGAUCAGAUGAUCUGGGGAUGUGCAUACAAAAAGGUACAGAAGACCCUCAUAGGGAAGCAUGAACUGACCCUUGCGGCAGCCGUAAAGGAAGCCGUACAGCAUGAGUCUACAGAGAAGUGCAUGACAACGUUGACAAUCUCAACUCAAGCUAAAGAAGCAAAAGUCGAUGCCAUUUCUAACAGAAAGCAUACUCCAAGCUCAAAACAAAAGGUAAGCUACAGGCCUCCACAGAAACAGAGUUCAAACAUCUGUAGAAAUUGUGGUACCGUGCAUGAGUUUAAUGACAAGAAGAAGUGCCCAGCAUAUGGUUCCAAUUGUAAUGGUUGCGGAAAGCCAAACCACUGGCGGAAAAUGUGCAGGUCAAAGGGCAAAUCCAAGCCACAAGAAUACAGGGGUUACAGAAAGGCUAAUCCGAAACAUGUGCACUACCAGCAAGAAGAGCAGUACUCCUCAGGAGAAGAAACACUGUCGGUAGGUGCCAUAUAUGUCCACGAAGUGGAGCAUAAGAACGAUGCACAAAACAACGAAGCGUAUACAACUUUCCAACUCAAGAAGAAGAUAGGAAAGAAGACAACAAACAUCAAUCUGCGAUUGAAGAUAGAUACAGGGGCUCAAAGCAAUGUCAUGCCGGUAGAACAUUAUCAGCAGAUAUUCCCGGAGAACAUGACAAAAGGUGGGGAAGUCAAAGCAGGAAUCCUCACACCAAGCAGCACCAUAUUAUCAGCGUAUGGUGGGGACAAAAUCCCACACCUGGGGAAGACAACCAUCUCUGGAAAACACAAAGGCCGAGAGGUCAAGUGUACUUUCUUUGUGACCAAAUCCAAGGGACCAAGCAUCCUCGGAUUGGCAGCGUGCCAGCAGCUAGGCAUCAUCACAAUCCAUGAGAUACAAACUACCCCAGAGGAUGGCAAGAUCAAAGAGACGGUGCCGAUCAAGGACCGCCCUGCUAUCCACAGCAAGGAACAACUAAUAAAGAUGUACCCGGAAUGUUUUGAUGACACGGUCGGGUGCUUUGAAGAGGAGUACCACAUCACUGUUGACCCAGACGUAGAACCAGUGAUACAUCCACCUCGCAGAGUGCCACUAGAGCUGCGAGAGAAGCUGAAGAAACAGCUGGAAGAGAUGACGAAGAAAGGAGUCAUCAGCGAGGUCACACAGCCAACAGACUGGGUAAACUCCAUAGUAAUAAAGGAGAAACCCAAUGGCAAACUGCGGAUCUGCCUCGAUCCCAGAGACCUGAACUUGGCACUCAAGAGGAACCACUACCCUACACCCACUCUAGAAGAGAUAACACCCUCUCUGGCAGGAGCCAAAGUGUUUAGUAAGCUGGACGCCAGCAACGGGUUCAAGUUCAACCGCCUCCCGUUCGGGCUCAAGGUCUCGCAGGACGUUUUCCAGAGGAAGAUAGACGAAACGUACAAAGGGUGCAAAGGAGCAAUUGGAAUUGCAGACGACAUCCAGGUGUACGGGAAGACAGACGACGACCACGACUUCCAUCUGCACGAAGCGAUGGAAAAGACCAGGCAAGCUGGCAUCAAGCUAAACGCAUCCAAGUGCAUAAUCAAAGAAAGUGAGUGUAAGUUCUUCGGAAUGAUCUACACAGCCGAGGGAGUCAAGCCAGACCCCGAGAAAGUGAAGGCGAUACAUGACAUCAAACCACCCCAGGAUGAGAAGGAACUAAGAAGUCUCUUAGGGCUCAUUCAAUACAUGAGCGCUUUCAUCCCCAAGCUCGCGGACAGAACGACAAACAUCCGUGAACUGCUGAAGGAAGAUGUUGAAUACAAGUGGAGUGCAUCACACACUGAAGACCUGAACAAGAUAAAGCAGCUCAUCAGUGAAAAGACAACACUGCAGUACUAUGACAGGGAUAAACCCGUCAUACUACAAGUAGAUGCCUCAAUCAAAGGAGUAGGUGCAGCACUAAUACAAGAUGGAAAACCCAUCGCAUUCGCCUCAAAAGCCCUCUCACCGGCUGAAACAAGAUACGCCAACAUCGAGAGAGAGCUCCUGGCAGUAGUCUAUGGAUGUGAGAAAUUCCACACCUACUUGUACGGAAGAAGCUUCGAAGUCGAGUCGGACCACCGACCCUUGGAACAAAUCAACAAGAAGAACCUCACGAAGGCACCAAACAGGUUACAACGCCUGUUACUGAGACUGCAAAGCUAUGACAUGAGCAUCCGGUACAAACCAGGGAAAGAGAUGCUACUAGCAGACGCACUCUCCAGGCUGUCACAGCACGACAAGCAAGAGAUGGAUGGUCUCAAAGUCCAGAUCCAUCACCUCGUAAAAGUGACAACUGUGAAACUGGAGCAGAUCAAAGAGGAGACCAGCAAGGAUGAAGAGCUCCAACUACUCGCCCAGACAGUAACACAGGGAUGGCCUGAGAAAAGAAAAGAGACACAAGCAAUCAUACACGAAUACUGGACCAUCCGAGACGACAUCUCGGUAGAGGACGGAGUCCUCCUGGCUGGGUCCAGGAUGAUUAUACCCAAGUCCAUGAGAGCAGAGGUCCUAGAGAUGAUUCAUCAAGGACACCUGGGUAUCGAGAAGUGCAUACUCAGAGCAAAAUCUGCAGUCUACUGGCCGGGCAUGUACAAACAAAUCGAAAAAGCAGUUGCAGCAUGCCCCACAUGCCAAAAGCACAAGAACUCGCAACAGAAAGAAGAGAUGAUGCCAACAGAGAUACCAAGCAGACCGUGGCAAACAGUAGGCAUGGAUCUGUUUACCACCAAUGACCAAUGGUUUCUACUCCUGGUAGACUACUACUCCAAAUUCCCAUUUGUGAAGAGUCUCGCCAACCUGAAGGCAUCAACAGUAACAUCCAGCAUACGAGGUAUAUUCGCCGAACAAGGGAUCCCAGCAGAAGUCAUAUGCGACAAUGGGACACAAUUCACAUCCCAAGAGUUCCGGCAGCUGGCCAACGAGUACGGAUUCAAAAUCAAAACAUCAUCACCGCACUACCCAAAGGGGCAUGGAUUCAUAGAAAGACAUGUACAGACGGUGAAGAAAACGCUGAUCAAAUGCAAGGAAACAAAAGCAGACCCAAACCUAGCCUUGCUAGCCAUCCGCACCACACCGAUCAAGCCAGGCAUGAAAUCGCCAGCGGAGCUGUUAAACGGACGGAAGUACAAAGACAUCUUGCCAACCAAAGUACCUCCACCACUUGACCAGGAAGAAACAAGGGCCAAGCUGGAAAAGGCACAGCAAGCAGCGAAACAGCACUACGACACCCAGGCAAAGAGUCUGCCUGAGCUGGCCAAGGGCCAGAGCAUCCACGUACAGGAUCCUAUCCGAAAAACGUGGAGCCCCGGCAAAGUCAUCGACAAAGCUACAACACCGAGAUCAUAUGUUGUAGAGACCGACGCCGGGAGACAACUGAGGAGAAACAGAGUACACAUACGACCAACUCCAGAAGUGAAAACACCUGCAGCUACAACUCCAGAAACAACACCUGCAGCCACCACACGCGACGACACCGAGUACGACAAAGCCGACAUCCGCGACAACGCCGAGUACGACAAAGUCAACGAGAACGAGUAUGCUCGCCUGACGGCCAGUCAGCUUGAUUGGGACUGCAAUGCACUGCGAGGGUUGAUGGCCCGUGACCCAGAUAACAGUUACUGUAAAAGGGACAAAAUCAAGUAUAACGAAUCGCACCCGAAUAGAUUCCACAUCCGACGACAGAUGAAGGACUCUCGCUUCUACACAUUCUUCCUGCUGCAGUGCCCUUCCCACCAGUCUAAGAACCAGUCCAACCGGCGCAUCGGCUGUCGGUCGGAGCUAACACUACUGAACCCCGAUGGUGAACACCUGAGCAGCGAUGAGAUCCCCCUGCCCUGGAUCUUUGUGGUGCUGAACAUCAUGUGGUCCACCAUGGCAACACUCUGGCUCAUCAACUGGGUCAAAUACCACAGGAAUAUCACCUGA